GGGUUCGUGGAAACCUCUCAACGUCACAGCGUCAGAGGAACAGCAAUGGCUACAAGGAGCUCUAGGUUUCCACGGACCCAAGCAAGCAGAGGAAAUUCAUACAAAAACAUUUUUAAUAAAAUCCGACAGGGCCAAAUCACUGGUGUUGGGUUGACUAGAGGGUCCCAGUUUCCUGUGGCUCUGCUGGAGGACAGAGAUAAAAGAGCUCAAUGGCAGGGGAUACCAGUGUUACUGAGGAGACUUCACCAGAGCAGCCAUCCGAACAGCGAUCUCUCCAAGAUUCACAGCAUUGUCAUGGAACUGUCAUCAUUGCUGUCAAUGGAGGCCAUGUCAUUUGUCACAGAGGAGCGCAAAACACCACAGGAGUCGGUUUCACCCAAUACAUAUACGUUUGACUUGUUCGGAGGAGUUGAUUUAUUUGUAGAGAUUCUGAUGCGGCCAACGCUCACAGUACAGGGAGACCUACCCAUAUUGAGUGAUGAUCUCAUCAAGGAUUGUCUAAGCGUCCUGUACAACUGCUGUAUAUGUACAGAGGGCGUUACAAAAAGCCUUGCAGCGAGGGAGGAUUUCGUCAUGUUCCUGUUCACUCUCAUGUCGAAUAAAAAGGUUUUCCUACAAACUGCCACCCUUAUUGAGGACAUUCUGAGUGUUCGAAAGGAAAUUAUCCAGCUUGAAGAAAUUCCCAACUUGGCCAGUCUGGUCCAGAGCUUCAACCAGCAGCAGCUGGCCAACUUCUGUCGUAUCCUCUCGGUCACCAUAUCAGAGCCAGACAUGGGUGUAGAUGACAAACACACCCUCCUGGCCCGCAGUACCCAGCAAAAGACCAACACAUGCCCAUCGUGUGCUGAGAGCAACCAGGUGGCUCUGCUGAAUAUCCCAGGCUUUAUUGAGCGUCUUUGUAAGCUCGCCACACGGAAAGUUACAGAGGCGGCGGGUGCCUCUGCCCGACUGGAGCUGGAGGACUGGCACAGUUGGCUUGACAAUGCACUGGUACUAGACGCUCUCAUGCAGUUAGCAAUUGAGGAGGCAGAGCAGAACAGUACAGAGUCAUCUGAUGAGAGCUCACUGUCCUCCAGUCCACUCAGACACAGGCUGCCCCAAUCUAUGAAGAUCGUGCAUGAGAUCAUGUACAAAGUGGAGGUUCUCUAUGUGCUUUGUGUGCUGCUUAUGGGCCGACAGAAAAAUCAGAUUUUUACUCUUGUAACUCAGGUUCACAGAAUGUUGGCAGAGUUCAAAUUAAUUCCAGGUCUCAAUAACCUGUUUGAUAAACUGAUCUGGAGAAGGCAGACGUCUGGUCAUGUCCUACAUCGGCAGAACCAGAACUGUGACUGCAGUCCAGAGAUCUCUUUCAAGAUCCAGUUCCUCAGGCUGCUGCAGAGCUUCAGUGACCACCAUGAGAAUAAAUACCUUCUUUUAAGUGGACAGGAGCUGAAUGAACUGAGUGACAUUUACCUGAAUGCAAACAUCAUUGAAAUGGAGGCACUGAAUAACACAGACAGAAACCUUGUCUGUGAUGGUAAAAAAGGUCUUCUUACACGGUUAAUCUCGGUCAUGAGGAAAGAGCCAAUUGAUUCUUCAUUCAGGUUUUGGCAGGCAAGAGCAGUGGAGAGUUUUCUGAGAGGAACGCCAUCAUAUGCCGAUCAAGUUUUCCUUCUCAGAAGAGGCUUGUUAGAGCAUAUUCUAUAUUGCAUCAUCGACAGUGGCUGCAAGUCACAUGACGUCCUUCAGAGCUACUUUGACCUACUUGGUGAGCUUAUGAAGUUCAACAUCGAUGCCUUCAAAAGAUUUAACAAAUAUGUCAACACUGAGGAGAAGUUUCAGAUGUUCCUGACUCAGAUCAACAGCUCCCUGGUAGACUCUAACAUGCUGGUACGAUGUAUAGUCCUGUCUCUAGACCGCUUUGAGAGCCAGACUAAAGAUAUGAAAGUGGUUGAAGUGUUUUCAGUGUGUCGCCUCUUGUCCUACAUGGCUCAAGUGGAAAACAGGUUGUCCUUCCUUUUUAGACUGACCAGCAUCAUCAAUGUCCAAACCCUCACUCAGGAGAACGUGAGCUGUCUGAACACCAGUCUGGUGAUUCUGAUGCUGGCACGGAGGCGGGGCAAGUUGCCUUUCUACCUGAGCGCACUGCAAGAGAAGGAAUAUGCAGAGAAAUACCCCGGCUGUCUGCUCAACAACUUCCACAACCUGCUGCGCUUCUGGCAGCACCACUACCUCAACAAGGACAAGGACAGCACCUGCCUGGAGAACAGUUCUUGUAUUCCCUUCACCUACUGGAUGGAGACGGUCUCAGUGCUGCUGGGCUCUGGUAGAAGUUCACGCUGUGCUAUUGCCACCUACAUUGAUGAAGCCUACAGGGACCUGGACAGAGACUUCCUGGAGCUGUGACUAUAGAGACUGAGAGGACUCUCUUUACAUCAGAAUUACAUCAUGCCUAAGUUUAUCAGACCUAGACCUAGUGUGUGUGGGUGCAAGUGUAUCUGGGUAUUCAUGGCGCCGAGGGUAUUGAUCUGCUUGUGUUCAAUAGCAUGAAUGUGUGUUGGCUCAAAGUAUUACAUAUGAAAUGAAUGUUCUUGGGAAUAUGUAAUUCGACUAGGUGUGUUUGUGUUUGCAGUGGCACAAUCUACAGUCUGGAUGUUUUUCAGUUGGUCCAUAGAGUUACAGCUGUCUUGUUAUCUAGUGCUGAGCUCUCUCGCCCCAUGAAGGUUGGCUUGUUUUACACAUCCAGAAAUGACAAACUCCUAGAAGUAGUCAGGAAGAGCCUCACUGCCUCUUACUGCAAAAAAACAAAAACGGCUAUUUCAGGGACAUUCUAAUGUCUAAUAUUGGUGAUUGGCUUAGUUUACAUACUACCUGUAUAUUUAUGUUAUUAUGUAUGUAGUUCUCACUUGACCUAAAAAUUUAACUUUUCAGCCCCGAACUCACAGAGUGCAUCAAAAGAAGAGAGAAGCAUCAAAAGAAAAUAAAGACGUUUUAUC